AUACGUUACUAUACCUGCUAUCGUAUCGAAGUUACACAUUGAAGCCUUUUAGCAAACAUCAAAUUCUAGUGAUAAGAACUAGUGUAGAUAAGUUUCUAGCCAGCUAAACCACAAGUAUUAUUGUAAUAGAUCAUUUGCUCAGUAGUAAAAUUAGAGACCAUGCACUACUUCUUUUUGCGUACGUAAUUGGAUUAAAAUAUACGCAUUGCUUCGAAAAGGAAUGAAAAUUCGCACAGACAGCAAUUUUUAUUGCCAGAAAUAUAGUUUUGAAUCGGCGAAAACCUUAAUUAUAACAUUGCUACCUAAAACGCUUUGCUAUCAGUUUUGUUAGUCCAAUUAGAAUUGGUAGACGUUUACAUUAUAUCAACAGCCGAUUUAAUCAUUCAUAACAAAAUGCUCCAGAAAAGAUUUAUGAGAAUUGUCUACCUGUUAAUUUUUUUGGUUGUACUGAUACUACUUUAUAAGAGCUUCUCAAAUGCACCAGAAUCAAACCAGAUAGCGGAGGAUUCUAUAGUGCCGCUUUCCGAAGCACCGGUUUACAUGAUGGUCUUCUACGAGGCGCUCUGUCCGGAUUCGAAAAACUUCAUCAUCAACCAGUUGCAACCAACAUUUGCACGAGCAUCUAGCUUCAUCGAAAUUCAAUUCGUGCCGUACGGCAAAGCGAAGACCAGCACCAGAACUGACGGUUCGCUCUCGUUCGAGUGCCAGCAUGGUCCAAUCGAGUGUACGGCGAAUAUGAUCCAUGCGUGCGUGAUUGAAGCGGUUCACGAUGCCAAAACUCGGCUAAACAUGGUUGCCUGUAUGAUUCGUGACAACAUGAUUCCGAAGGAUGCAUUCAACCGUUGUGCCAGAGAGCAUUCCGUAGAAAUUGAGUCCAUUCAGAAGUGCUUCGACAGUCCCCAUGCGGCAGAGCUGCUUAAACUGCACGGGGAUGCAACAAACGCAUUACGGCCAGCGCCGACGUUCAUUCCAACGAUCACCCUGGAUGGUCAACAGGGACGACAAGCUUCUAUACUGAAGGAUCUGUUCGGGGAAGUAUGCAAGGUUGCUUCCGGACGGGGACCGAAGCCUGCGGUGUGCGAAUGAUAGCAAAUGGUUCUCUAUUCCAUAAGCCGAUUCCUACGGUUCGACGUGUACGAAGAGAUACGACAAAUUCCAAAGCGCAUCCAGCGCUCGAUUCUACUGCUGGUGCAGUAAACCAAUUUCACUAGCUUCAAAUCUGAAUGUGUUUUGUUUGUAAUAACAAUGAUGCCCUCCAUAGACUAUUUAUAACAUCGAUUAGGUUCUAUUCCAUGCGCUCUCUCUCUAGUUGUAAUUAGAGGCGAAUGAACUGAAAAGUUUAAAACCUCUAUAAUUCAUCACGUUCGUUCUAGUUGUAAAAUUAUGGUUUCCCCAUUUUCAGUACGGUGUAGCAAAUAUUGAAAUUAUAAAGUAACACGAUAUUCAAAUUUUUGGAAUAUAAAUCAGUCAUAUUUUAAAUGUUAUCAUCGUAGCUGCAGGUAUUAGCUAUUUAAACUUGGUGUUUAGAAUGAAACUAUCAUCUGGUUGUUUAGUAUGUAGAACACAAUGGUGCAGUGACUUAUAUAGAUUUUAGACAAUUGGCUGAACCGAAUGUUGAAUAUGAAUUAACCUGUAUUAAUAUUUGAAUACAUAUAACAUUCAUCCUGGUCUAAGUAGGUCCCAUAAGUCAUACAAUGUUGAACUAGUAGCAGUAGUUAUGAUAGCCGACUGAUAAUGUAUAAAAUUACAGACAUUCAAAUUAAAUUUACUGGUCCCAGAGA